UAGGAUUAUUUUGAAUGUGAUUGCCUUGAAGAAAAAGUCCCUAAAAUCUCCGCUAUGAAAAGAAGAAAUUUCAACAGCUCCAUAAUUAGAUGAAUAUAUCUUUUAAAAGGUCUUCUGUAGGAUUUCUUUGAAUAUGAUGGCCUUGAAGAAAAAGUUCUUAAAAACUCUGCUAUGGAAAGAAGAAAUUUCAACAGCUCCAUAAAGAAGAGGAGUUGUUAUGUGUAUAGAUGGAAUACUAUCAGGGAUCUGCUGUAGAUAUACGAGUUUCCAAAAGGGGUUCUAUUUAGGGUUUCUCUUUUUUUACCAAAACGAAACAUUGUUUUAUUGUUACAAAGAACAACAAAGGAACAACUAACAUUGUACAAAGGGCCUAUGAUGCCCUUCUAAUGUGUAUACAGGUACAUUUGCGUCCAUGAUUAAAAAUAAUCCCAUUAGAGGUCUUUAAGCGUCCAUGUUUAAAAAUAAUCCCAUUAGAGGUCUUUAAUCUCUAGAGGUGGCAUAACUUAUCAAAUCUCUUUUACACGCUAUUUUCUUAUCUGUUGUUUGUUUGGUCAAAAUUAGAGAUCAUUUGGCAAUUCAGUUCAAAGUUUGUUUACUUCUAGAGCACCACGGAGGAAAUGACUGAAGAAAAAAAGAAAACUGCAAAAGGGCCCGUUUGGCGAGAAUCGGCUAGUUUAAUAAUAUGUACUAAAAAUCCCAAGAAAACAGAUGGAUAUGAUUAUGAUCUGCUACUCAUAAAACGUUCCGACAAAACGGCCAUAGUACAAAAUCAAGGUGUAUUUCCCGGUGGUAUAUUGGAUUUAUCCGAUGAGAGUGUUGAAUGGUUAAAAUAUUUUCAAGAAUUUGGAAUUUCCCAGGAGGCACUGAAACAACUAGUUGUGGUCGAUGGUAAAACGGAGAGACCGAAAAUUUUGGCCGCCCAAGGUACGGGAUGUUAUGAUAGAUUUUUUAAAAAUCACAAAAUAUGGGCAAGAGAAAUCUCAUUGCGCAUCAAUGCCAUACGUGAAACAUUCGAAGAAGUGGGUAUCCUAGUGUGCCGCAAUAAGGAACAAUUGUAUUCUCCAGUCACUGAAGGAUUUUGCAAAGAGUUGAGAGAUAUUAAAGAAUGGCAAAAAGCGGUCCAUGAUAAUCCAUUGAAUUUUCUGAAAAUGUGUCGAGAAUUGCGGGUUGUGCCCGAUUUGUGGGGUUUAAACGAAUGGACUUGCUGGGCAAGUCCGGCUGUCAUACGUAAGGGUUUUGAGACUGCGUUUUAUAUAACAUUUUUAAAUGAAAAACCCUCAAUACUCUGUGAGAUAUCCGAAGUCAAGGAACAUCUGUGGCUACCUCCAACUACAAUACUGAGUAUGGUACGAAAUGGCGAUUUGUUCUUUAUGCCACCACAGUUUUAUGAAAUAUCGCGUUUUAUGCCCUACAAAUCUUAUGAUUUCCUAAAGAAUUUUGCCACGGAACUCAGUCGCAGGGGUGUAGUUAUCAAUCAUCCAAUACUGUAUACUUGUACCGAUGGAGCGGUGUCAGUUCUACCAGGUGAUGAAUUUCAUGUCGGUUGUCCUCGUGUUGCUACUGCACAUCGUACGGUUGACUUUACAAUAGACGAAUUUCGUUCACAUUCAAAGCGUAUUCAUCGCAUGGAAGAUUUUGGCACACCAGAUGCUGUGAUAUAUAUGAAUAUUGAUCCAAUAGAUGGCCACCUAAAGCCCCUGUGUGCCUUUGGCGGAAAACAUAAACUUUAGCUGUGCAAAGCGAUUUCAAGCGGUGUGGUAUUUAAUAUUUUAAUAAAAUAGGGAUUUGAAUAUUACGAAUUAAAGAUGAAUUCCGUCGAAUGUGCAGUGCCAAUAAAUGCUCUAAGGAAAUGCUAUGAAAAAAUCUUCCCGAUAGAGACGAGAUUUAAAAGCUUUUAUAAUUAUGGAAUAUCAGAACUAGAACUUCUAGCAAUUAAAUGCUAACUUAAAAAUACUUUUGAAAGGCCUUCCUUCUACAGAAGAUCUAUUCAAAAGCCUUCAGUCUAUUGAACCUCUUAUCUAAGAUAUCAUCAAACCAAGACAAAUUAAAAAUAUAAUUUAACCACAUCAUCUACUGACCUGCUUUUGUAAACAAUCCCUGGUUCAGGGCCUGUGACUUAUACCAUAAAAUGUAACCUUUAAUGCUAAUAGCAAUAUAAUUUAACCACUUCAUCUACUGACCUUCUUUUGGUAAAUAAUCCCUGCUGCAGGACCUGUGACUUAUACCAUAAAAUAUAACCUUUAAUCCUAAUAAGCAAUUUCUUAAAAUUUGUUCCAUUUAAUAAUUAAUUUUUUUUGGUCAUUUCUUGCCCUGUCCUGUUACGAUAAGAAAGGACAUUUAAUUUAUACUUUUAAAAAAUUUAUGACAAAAAUCCGCGUCAAUUAGCUGGAUGAAUAAUAAAAAAUUUAAUCCCUGACAAGUAGAGCAACAAUUUCAGUACCAACAUAAUAAGACAUCAUUGAAGGUCAUUUGGAGGAGAAGUCAUCGUUCUUGGCAGAAAAAAAAAAAAAAAUAAACAAAAGG